GACAAAGCCGCGGCUAAUGAAUGGGCGUCCGCCCGCGCCGUCCGUCGUGCGCAGCCGGGCGGGAGCCGCGCGCCCCGGGCCGGGCGCCGAGGUAACGCGAGAGGACCAUGUGUGCGCUAUCAGGACGGCAGGCACACACGCAGCCUUUACGACAAGAAACAAGUGUCCGCUGCAUAUGUUUUUGUCGACACCAUGAAGUAUUUAACAGUAGAACUCCUGGAAAGCAGUGACCUGUGCUCUUAAGAUGAUACGCUCACCUGAGUUGCAUACUGUUUUUCAGUAAUAUUUAUGAUCAGCCAUAUUCAUAGAAACAUCCUGAAAGAUGGAAUUGUUAUGAAAAAGUAAUCUACAUUUAGGGGCACAAAUGAGCAUUUGGAUCAAUUUUUUAUUAACCUAAGAUACUAAUAUGAUGAAGCAGCCAGAAUAGUUAUGGUCAGUCAUGGAUAAUAACCUGGAAACUUGUCCCAAAGGGGAUAGUGAUUUUGUUUCUGAUAAAAUAAAUUUUAAAAUAGAAGAAGACGACGAUGAUCCAGUGCCUACUCACAGUUUGGGAAGAGUGGACUUUAAGAGGGAGCAGGAGGACGUGAAGCAGACAGACAGCAGCGAUGAGCAGGCAGAGGCCAGAGAGACGAGCCGUAACGGGAAGCCCCCUGGGAAGUACUUGCCCUCCGAGAGCGAGGAUGACUACGGGUCUCUGUUCUCCCAGUACAGCAGCACACUGUACGACGUAGCCAUGGAAGCUGUGACUCAGAGCCUGCUCUCCGGCCGAAACAUAGGCUCCAGGAAGAAAUCUCCAGCUUGGAAGCAUUUUUUUAUCUCCCCUCGGGAUAGCACUAAAGCAAUAUGUAUGUACUGUAUGAAAGAAUUUAGUAGAGGUAAAAACGAGAAAGACUUAAGUACAAGCUGUCUCAUGAGACACGUGCGGCGCGCACACCCCACCGUGCUCAUUCAGGAAAACGGAAGCAUCUCUGCCGUGUCCUCGUUCCCUGCCCCUUCCCUCCUGCUCCCGCCACAGCCUGCAGACGCAGGAGACCUCAGCUCCAUACUCUCACCCAUCAAACUGGUCCAGAAAAUGGCACCUAAGAUCCCAUCCCCUGAUCGAAUAACAGAGGAAUCUGUGUCUGUAGUUUCUUCGGAAGAAAUCUCCUCCGACAUUCCUGUUUCUGAGAAGUACAGCCGAGAAGAAGCCCUGGUGGGGUCGUCUCCCCACCUCCCCACUCUGCAUUAUGAUGAAACUGCAGAGAACAUAGUGGAGAAAAACCUUCCACUGCCAAAGAGCACGUCUGGGUCCAGAAGAAGGUCUGCUGUCUGGAAGCACUUCUACCUGUCGCCCCUGGACAACUCCAAGGCCGUCUGCAUUCACUGCAUGAACGAGUUCAGCAGAGGGAAGAACGGGAAGGACCUGGGCACCAGCUGUCUCAUCAGGCACAUGUGGCGAGCACACCGCUCCAUCGUGCUGCAGGAGAACGGGGGCACGGGCAUCCCCCCACUGUACUCCACCCCUCCCACCCUCCUGCCCGCCCUGCUGCCUCCGGAGGGGGAUCUGAGCUCCUUGUCGUCAUCCCCAGGAAAACUGGUCAAAGAGUCCCCUUCCGCUUCUUCCUCCCCUGACCAGCUGACCGAAGACCUGCCGUCGCAUUUGAACCCUGGAGACGCGCUGAUGGAAGCUGUGUCGGUGCUGUCGUCCUCGGACGAUGUUGGGGAGGCCUCGGCGUCCUCCCCUGAGAAGCAGCCGGCCCACGGGUUGAGGCCUAGAAUGUUUGAGUCUGGUGCUGUCUUCCAGCAGAACAAAAAGGUCAUGAAGAGACUGAAGUCGGAAGUUUGGCAUCACUUUUCGCUGGCCCCCACGGACAGUCUCAAGGCGGUGUGCCGAUACUGCAGCUGCGUCAUCAGUCGGGGGAAGAAGGGUGACGUGGGCACCAGCUGUCUGAUGAGGCAUCUGUACAGACGCCAUCCUGAAGUGGUCGGGAACCCGAAGGGCUUUCUAGGUGCAAGUCUGGCAAAUUCCCCGUAUGCUACUUUGGCUUCUGCAGAAAGUUCCUCCCCCAAAUUAACUGACUUGCCGACAAUGGUCACAAAAAAUAAUCAGGUUAUGUUUCCAGUGAAUAGCAAAAAGACCUCAAAGCUGUGGAAUCAUUUUUCUAUUUGCUCUGCAGACUCCACUAAAGUCGUGUGCUUGCACUGUGGCCGGACCAUCAGCAGAGGGAAGAAGCCCACGAACCUGGGCACCAGCUGUCUUCUGAGGCACCUGCAGCGCUUCCACGGCAACGUGCUGAAGACCGACGUCUCGGAGACAGCGCAGCCCUCCUCUCCGGACAGGCGUGUGCCGCUGAGCACAGAACCAUCCGGAGCUUCCUCCUUCGAUGACACCAAUGAGAAGUUUUAUGAUUCUCACCCAGUUGCCAAAAAAAUCACUAGUCUCAUAGCUGAAAUGAUCGCACUUGACCUUCAGCCAUACUCCUUUGUAGACAAUGUUGGCUUUAACAGGCUGCUCAAAUACUUGAAACCUCAGUACUCCUUGCCCUCCCCGUCUUACUUCUCCAGGACGGCCAUCCCAGGUAUGUAUGACAAUGUGAAACAGAUCAUUAUGUCACAUCUUAAGGAAGCUGAGAGUGGUGUGAUCCACUUCACUUCUGGAAUAUGGAUGAGUAACCAGACCCGGGAGUACCUGACCCUCACGGCCCACUGGGUCUCCUUCGAGUCGUCGGUCCGCCCACGUUGCGAGGACCACCAUUGCUCAGCACUUUUAGAUGUGUCACAGGUGGAUUGUGACUACAGCGGCAACAGCAUCCAGAAGCAGCUGGAGUGCUGGUGGGAGGCCUGGGUGACCUCCAUUGGCCUGCAGAUCGGCAUCACGGUGACCGACAAUCCGAGCAUAGGACGGACGCUGAACGAAGGAGAGCACACGAGCGUGCAGUGCUUCAGCCACACGGUCAACCUGAUCGUGAACGAGGCCAUCAAGAGCCAGAGGAUGGUACAGAACUUGCUCAGCAUUGCACGGAAGAUAUGCGAGCGGGUGCACCGGUCGCCCAGAGCGAGAGAGAAGCUGGCAGAGCUGCAGAGGGAGUACGCGCUGCCCCAGCACCACCUUAUUCAAGAUGUCCCGUCCAAAUGGAACACGUCACUUCACAUGCUGGAGCGACUCAUCGAACAGAAAAGGGCCAUUAACGAGAUGUCGAUCGAGUGUAACUUCAGAGAACUGAUCAGCUGUGACCAGUGGGAGGUCAUGCAGUCCGUGUGCCACGCGCUGAAGCCCUUCGAUGCUGCGAGUCGGGAGAUGAGCGCCCACGUGUCGACCCUCAGCCAGGUCAUCCCCAUGAUCCACAUCCUCAACAGGAAGGUCGAGAUGCUCUUUGAGGAGACGAUGGGCAUCGACACCAUGCUGAAGUCCUUGAAGGAAGCCAUGGUGAGCCGGCUGUCCGCCACCCUCCACGACCCCAGGUACAUCUUCGCUACACUGUUGGACCCUCGUUACAAAGCCUCCCUGUUUACAGAGGAGGAGGCGGAACAGUACAAGCAGGAUUUAAUCAGGGAACUAGAAAUACUGAAUUCUACCUCAGAUGACACGCUUGCCUCCAAUGGGUGUGACACAGGCUCCCUGUCGAAAGACUCCGCUGGAGAGGAGAACCUGUGGUCACUCAUGGCCAGGAUGAAGAAGAAAGAUCUGAGAGAGAAGUUACCUGAAGACAUGGUGCUCGCAUACUUGGAGGAGGAAGUGCUUGAACACAGCUGUGACCCCCUCGCCUACUGGAACCUAAAGAAGUCAUCCUGGCCGGGGCUGUCAGCUUUGGCCGUCAGAUUUUUGGGCUGUCCCCCAAGUAUUGUCCCUUCAGAAAAGCUGUUCAACACACCCACUGAGAACAGUGGCUUUGGCCAGUCCAGGCUCAUGAUGGAACAUUUUGAAAAACUCAUCUUUUUGAAAGUGAAUCUUCCCUUAAUCUACUUUCAGUAUUGAAGCUCACAGUGGAGCCCCCAGACUAGAGGCGCUGUUGCUUCUUAGGCAUUAGCAGUUGGUACCCGGGCUGUGACUCUGCCCGGGGCCACGGACGACGUCAGACCAGGCACUCUCAGGGCCGCUCUCCAGCUCUCGCCGACACGUCUGCAGGUGCCUUACUCCUCCCACUCCUUCAGGCCAGGUAUCGCGGUGUGUUUUUUAAGAAGUCCGCUAGAAAUAGCUGUACUGUCAGCUAUGAAAUACGAUGACUAGGUUUUAAUUCAUAACUGUAAAGUUUUUUAAAAGUUGGGGUUUAGUAAUUUGUUUUACUAGAAUGGCAGAGAAGAUGUAAAUAAUUUUUAUUCUGUAGGCUUUUUACUCGAUUAUGUAAAAACCACAAAUCAGGUACUGUAUUUUAGUUAAACAUUGCUUUAAUUGCAACAGAACAGCUUUUGUGGCUGUCAAAUGAAAGCUGUAAAUAGGAGGUGGAGGUCAAGCCAUCCUGACUGAGCAGUUUUUAACUGCAGGCUCUAAAGUAUGUCUAGGAGUACAGAGAACAUUCUGGAAGGUAACUGUUUACUACAACAGAGACGUGGCAUUUGAAAACUAAACUUCAAUACAUCAUGGAGUGUCAGUUAUGUGGUUACUUGGUAACAAGAAUUUUCCCAUUUCAGGUUUUUGCAUUUAGGUUUUACAUGGCCAGUUAACUCAGAUCCCAACUGUUUAUCAGGAGCACCUUUGAAAUUUGAUCCACAUUUGUAGAUUCACGCUCACUGUUUAGCCGAUGCUACUAUGACACGUUCACAGCAGAUGGUGUGCUGUUCACAUCCCCACGCCUCUGAUUUAGCGUCUCUGCUCGAGGAAGCUAUCUUUCAAAAUGUGUGCACUGAUCAAAUUAUGUGUAAAAUUCUUUUUAGAAGAGAUGGCUUAUUAACAGGGAAGAAGCUGGUUAUAUUACAGUUGUAAGAAUAUUCUUAGAUGUUUAGAUUUCUUUUUUUUUCCUAUGAUAGGGAAGAUUCAGCCAUCGCUGGGAUAUUUUAGAAUCCCAAGGACAUCAGAAUGAAGUAUUGGUUGUCAGAUUCUUUUAAUAAUUAUGUCUUCAGAAUUUUUGCUUUAUCUUAAGGUUAAGUUUCUCAUUUCAAACCAAUUAAAUAUUCUGGGUGAGACAAAUCACUCAUUUGCCUACAACUUUUUAGAAAAGUUAUUGUUUUGUUAAAAUACUGUACCUAUGCUUAAUCUAAAUUUGCAUUGACUGUUUUAGUGUAUUUAUAAAUGGUGAACUCAGUUUCUGAAAUUAAACUUUUUAUUUGCAA